GGAUUCUCCUCUUCAAGUUCAGUGGGGAGGUGGAGAGGAGGACGGCUCCAAGCAGAGCGUUGCUGCCGACCUGCAUCUUUCAGAAAACAUCUCCGAUGUCCCCACUUUUACCCUUCACAGGCCAGACGCGGUAGAGCAGCUACAACUAUAUCCAGAGGUACCACCGGCAACAUGUCACCAUCUGGCUCUGAAGAAAGUUUGCCCGGAGCGUUGUGGACAUCGGAGGCUGAACAAAGAGAGGACAAACGGGAGACUUGGCUUUGGGGUGAGGCUGGGCCAGGCGCUUUAGAAGAGGAACAUCUUUGCAAAGUUCAACUGGAACUAGCAGGAAGGUUGAAGAGCCACAUUCACACUGAUAUAAGCUGGGACACAGGGAAAAAUAAUGUGGAAUGUGGUGGUUUAAUUCAAGAUUACCAAUAUGACGCGUCUGGAAUCACAGAGAGUGGAAAACUUGCAGACAAAGAGGAUGACGAAGAGGAUAAUAGGAGUUGGGAACAAGAGAAAGAGAGAAUCAAGGUAUUCUACAAGUUUUAUAAUGAUGAAGAGGAAGAGGGGGAGAAUGCCACUGGAACAGAAUGUGAUUUUUCAGGGAGGAAGAGUUCAGUUCUGCAUGGAUCCCCUGCCUCAAGUCAUUGGAUACACAGACAGGAGCAGAGUGAGCCUGAGAGACAGAGAAUGAGUUUACCCGAGACUCGGGAGCCACAAGGAGAACUACAAGAUCUCAACAAAAUGCCUCAGACCCACAUCAAGAGAGACCAAGGUAAGUCUUUAACCCACAACUUGCUAUAAAAAAAGGUGCUUCAUUGAUUGAUUGAUUCGUCUGACACACUGUGUUUCUGUACUGUCUGAGGGUGCUAAAGUUACUGGUGAAGAUAACCCUGUUGACAGUGAUUGGACUUCUGACAUUUUGGUGGACAAGAUACCAACUGGAAUUGGAAUGGUGAUUUGGCUAAAAUUGUCUUGCCUAACGACUGUACUGUAUUGCCAAUGUGUCUGAAUAUAAUUAGAACGUAAUAAGUAGCAGUAGUUUUAAGUUAAAAAAAAAAAGGCUUACUCGUAAGGCAAAUGCUAUCUCCUUAUAUACUGUAGUUGCUGUCACUUAUUUGUAUCAUGGCAUCAUCUCUAUCAUGUCUUUAUCUGUUUUGAGGAUAAUAAAGGGGUAUAUUUAUCAUGGCAUCAUCUAUAUCAUGUCUUUAUCUGUUUUGAGGAUAAUAAAGGGGUAUAUUUAUCAUGGCAUCAUCUAUAUCAUGUCUUUAUCUGUUUUGAGGAUAAUAAAGGGGUAUAUUUAUCAUGGCAUCAUCUAUAUCAUGUCUUUAUCUGUUUUGAGGAUAAUAAAGGGGUAUAUUUAUCAUGGCA